AUGAAGCUCGGCUCAUUGAUAGCAGUGAGGCCUGUUUGUUUCUUCAUCCUUCUGAAAAGAACUACUGUAUUUAAUUGCAUCAUGCAGGCUUUCUUAGUGUUAUUGCUUCCCAAUCUGGUGAUCCCAUAUUGGAUUAUUAAGGUUAAAAGAGUUGAGCAAGAACUGAGGUCGAAUUCCCGCAAUGUCAUCCAUGAAGUGCUAUCAGAAAUUGAAAAAACUGCAUACUUGUUAUCUCCAGUGAAUUCAUCGGCAACAAAUUUAGCAAGAAUUUUGAGUUCAUCAUUGGAUGGAGUGAACCUUUCAUUCUCUACCAUUGAAACUCAUGUGGCCCCAGUACUGUUCCAAGCAUUAUCAACAAUUCCACACUCGUCACAUAUUUCGUAUAUCGGAGCGGAUGGUUUGCUAUUCUCAUACUACACCAAUGGCUAUCAAACAUUCGCAGUGUAUGCUAAUUCUUCAUUGUUUGUCAAUGUGAGUGCCCCAAUAGCCAAACAGUACACUCAGCCGGUGAAUUGCAGCACUGGAAUGCUAUAUGGAGAAGCUGUUCCUGUUAGGUCACAUCCUUCAUUUACAGUUAAUGGAAGCUGGUUGCAAAAGGCCGUGGUUAGUACAAAUAGGCAUGUUUCAUUAGGAACUGGGUGGGAAAACGAUCAAGAUCUUCUGUUUUUCAAUACAGCUGUUAUGGAUGAUAGAAGAGGAGCUCUCUCUCUAGGGUUUCCAGUGAAAUCAUUGACUGGCUUUUUCUCUGGGAUAGACUUUCAUGGUGGGAACUUGUAUUUUGCUACAAAAGAUGGGACAGUACUGGCUAAUCAAGGGAUUCCUAAUACUCGUGUUGUUCUUGUUGGGGAUUCGGUUUCAUUUGAAUCGUUGAAUCCGAAUGGAACUCAAAUAGGUCUUGUUGGUAAUGUUUCAUGCAAAACUGAUGAUGAUCAUGGCACAUUGAGAGCAUCCUUGAACAUUUGGGAAACCAAGUAUAAGGUUUACUGUUCACCAUUUGACAUCGUCGGAGUAAAAUCGGUAUAUGUAUUGGCCUUGCCACAAGAGGGACUGGAGAGCCUUGAUAAACAUAUCACGUUUGCAUUGAUAAUUCUAAUAGUGGUGGUUGGUGCUAUGGUUGUCUCCAUUGUGGUUUUUGUGUUCUUACUUCUGAGAGGAGCAAGAAGAGAGAUGUACUUAUGUGCAACACUCAUAAAACAAAUGGAAGCAACUCAACAAGCAGAAAGGAAGAGUUUGAACAAGAUCUUAGCAUUUGCAAGUGCGAGCCAUGAUGUCCGUGCUUUGCUCGCAGGCAUUACCGGUUUGAUAGAUAUGUGCCAUGAUGACGUUACGCCUGAAUCAGAGUUGGAGAAAAAUUUGAUGCAAAUGGAGGAUUGUACAAAAGAUCUUUUGGGUAUUUUGAAUUCAAUUCUUGAUACAAGUAAAAUUGAAGCUGGGAAAAUGCAACUUGAAGAAAAAGAAAUUGACUUGGCUCAACUGCUGGAAGAUGUAGUUGAUCUGUAUCAUCCUCUUGGCAUGAAAAAAGGUGUAGAUUUGGUUUUGGAUCCUUGUGAUAGCUCUGUCUCCAAAUUUUCAAAGGUUAAAUGUGAUCAGACCAAACUCAAACAGAUACUCUGCAACUUACUGAGCAAUGCUGUCAAAUUUACAUCUGAGGGACAUGUGGUAGUUCGGGCUUGGGCUAAAAAAGCCCAUUUUGAUACCACCAUGUUUUCUUCUAGCUCGAACAAGUCCUUGCAUUGUCUUUCAUGUUUGUUUUUCAAGGAUGAUGAAUCAUACAAUGGCCUGGAAUCUAUGAACACCAUCCAAGAAAAUUCAAACAGUGUGGAAUUUGUUUUCGAGGUGGACGAUACAGGACCAGGAAUUCCAAAAGAGAAACAUAAUUCUGUUUUUGAAAACUAUGUUCAAGUCAAAGGGACAGCUCUUGCACCAGAAGGCACUGGCUUGGGGCUUGGAAUUGUUCAAUCUCUGGUCCGUUUAAUGGGUGGUGAAAUCAGUAUUGCAGACAAGGAAAUUGGCGAAAAGGGGACCUGCUUCAGGUUUAAUAUAUUCCUUACUAUGUAUGAGACGACAGAUUCGAGCGCUAAUGCAAGAGAAGAUGAUGUUGAGUCACAGGGCGGUUACAUAUCUUGUGAUUCAUCUCAACAUUCAAGGCCACUGAGCACCCGCACCACCAGCCCUAAACCGGAGGGAUCACAUGUUGUACUCUUUAUCGAAAGCGAAACGCGACAGAGAAUUUCACAGAAAGUCAUGGAAAGCCUAGGGAUAAAAGUGUCUGCUGUGAGAGAUUGUGAGCAACUUUCACAUACCCUAAAGAAGCUAAAACAGAAGCUAAACCUCUCCCACUACAGUUCUUCGGGCAGAUCAGAUUUGAGUUCGGGCAGUCUCAGCAGACCCGUGUCACGUGAUUCCAGUACGAGAGACAAGGAAGUCCCAUUAAGUGCGUUAGAUGGGACAGACAACAUACCACAUUUUCAGAAAAGGACAAAUCUGAAAGGUGUGUUAAAUUUCAUACUAAUUGUGAUCGAUACAAGGGCCAGUCCAUUUCGAGAACUAAGCAGGGCAGUGGCAGAGUUCAAAAGAGACCUUCAACAUACUUGUUGUAGAAUUGUUUGGAUCGAUAAACCAGGUGCACAUAGCAUCCAUUCAAAAGGACUCGACUUGGAUAAGCUCCCUCCUACUGAUUUGAUCAUAUCUAAGCCUUUCCAUGGUUCUCGAUUGAAUCAUGUGAUCGGACUUCUACCAGAGUUUGGGGGUACUUUGCCCGAUAUUUCACCCAGAAAAAGGAGACGAGACGAUCUUCAACUUGAAAAAAUUCCUUCAGGAUUGCACUUUUCAACGAAUGAGAAUCAUAUGAUUUCAAAAUCGAAGAGUGGUGAGAGGCCCUCUAGUGGGAAGGAAGUUUUGGGUUCAGGUGACAAGCUCGCAGUCAAACCAGUUGGAGAAAUAAAGGAACAUGGUGGGACAAGCAGUGAGAAGCCUUUGAGUGGGAAGAAAGUAUUGGUUGCAGAGGACAAUGCAGUGUUACUUAAGCUGGCUGCUACUAUUAUUUCAAAGCUUGGUGCAGAUGUUGAAACAUGUAGAAAUGGUGAAGAAGCUUUUGAACUAGUCUGCAAAGGUCUAAGCAAUCGAAGGAAAGAUGGAGGUUCUGCAUUUCUUCCUUACGACUAUAUUUUGAUGGACUGCGAGAUGCCGAUAUUGGAUGGGUUCACAGCAACAAGACGAAUACGGGAGGAGGAGCAGCAAUAUUAUGGUGUUCACAUACCCAUCAUAGCACUCACUGCUCAUACAUCUGGGGAGGAAGCAGAUAGGAUGAUGCAAGCCGGAAUGGACUUUCAUCUACCCAAGCCACUGAAAAGAGAACUGUUAAUGGAAGCUAUUUCACAAAUCAAUAGUAAUAGUAACCAAAACAUGUGAAGCAUUUCUUGUAUUUGCCUUUUACCUUGAUCAGUUCUUAGGUGUAUUAGAUGUGGACUUUUUUAAGCAAAAUUAUGCAAACAUGUCAAGUCGCAGGGCUAAUUAAUGGGUCAAAUAAUUUGAA